AAAUAUCAUUCUUAAAUGCGUAUGGAUACUCGAACGAGAGUGACCUGUAUUGAUACUCAAUUUCUUUACAUCCAUCGAAUUUCUCUGAUCGCAGUUGGCUUAUGGCCUUACGAUCGAACAAUGCUUGUUCAACUUCAAUCUUCUCUGUUUUUUCUCAUUACGACUAGUAUUAUUAUAUUUCAGCUUACAACAUUUCUAACUACAGAAUGUACUAUUGACUUCAUCAUUAAGAUCCUUUCUACAACACUUUUUCUGCUUGUGUGCGUAAUUCAAUACAAUUGUUUCUGGAUUAACACGCGUGCCGUAAAACAUGUAUUGGAAAACCUUCUGUACAUCUGCAGCAAAUUACACGACAGAAACGAAAUUGCUAUAAUAAAAAAAUAUGGAUACAUUGCAAAAUGUGUUGCCAUUGGAUUUAUAUUUUUGGCGAUAUGCGGUAUAAUCACCUUUUCCCUUUUGCCAAUACUGCCGCAAAUUUUUGGCAUCUUUUAUCUCGUAAAUAAAUCUGAGCCAUAUCGCAAUAUUUAUAUCACGACUGAAUAUUUUGUCGAUCAAGAAAAAAAUUUUUAUUUUAUUUUGCUGCAUCUGUAUUUAUCCCAUUACAUAGCAGUGGGUACGUUAGUAGGAACAGGAAUAUUGAUCACAGGAUACUUUAUACAUUUUUGUGGAUUAUUUAACGUUGCUAGUUACCGUAUGCAGCAGGUAAUGCGAAGGAACAGUCACGAAUUAAUUUAUCGGAAACACAAGAGCGAGAUCGAGAAGAAGAUAAGUCAUGCAGUCGACAUCCAUCGCGCUACUAUUAAUAUCAUUGAAUUCUUUCUAUACAACUUCGAGGGGACAUUCAUUCUUGUAACGGCGAUUAUUGUAAUUUGCUUGAGCCUUCAUCUGUUUGGAAUUUAUCAAGCCGCUAUGUUUGAGAAAAGCAUAGAAGAAUUUUUAUUACACUUUGGUUUUAUGUCUGCUAUUUUUUUAUAUUCAUUUGCAGGCAAUUAUGUUGGUCAAGCAAUUACAGAUCAUUAUAAUAACAUAUUUUCUAAUGCAUAUAACGUUAAAUGGUACACCGCAUCUGUACGCGUACAAAGACUGAUACUGAUUCUUUUGCAAAUAUGCGCUAAACCUUAUGGCCUAAAAUUCGGUGGUCUUUUUAUAACAUCUUUAGAAAACUUUGCCUCGCUAUCAACUGCGUCAAUGUCGUAUUUCACUAUUUUAUAUUCCAUACAAAAGUGAUAUUAGUCAAAUGUCCGAUAGUAUAAUGAUUAAAUAACUGGCGGAAACUGUCAGCAAAGAAAUAAAUAGAAUGUGAUAACUUCAUUAUUUUUUAAAUCUAAUAGCGUUACAUGUAACUUCAAGAUGUAUCCAGAAAUACACAAUAAAAUUGGUCCAAUUUACAUAUAG